ACCGGUCGAUCACCGGCCGGUUUGAAAAUAUUUCUAGACCGGCAAAAGAUCGGUGGAGACCGGCCGGUCUAAACUUUUACACCGGACCGGACCGGCACCCGCCCGGGCCGGCCCGGUUCCAACUCUGCCGCGCCUUACUUCCCUGACUGGCGUGUCCAUCAUGAACGAUCUUUUGAAGAUGAUGCUCUUCAAACAGUGAAGAUGAAAAAUGACUUACUUAGCUACAAUCAACUAACUAAUUAUCAGACAAUAUGAGCAACUCAUGCAAGGAUGCCAGUUAGGCUUCGGACGUUCUAUUAACCAUCAGAGCGCUUCAUUGAUUAUUAGGGUAGGAGAAUAUGCUCAUGGGUGUCGGUUUUAACUAUAUCACUACCUAAGUAAGAUUAAGCUUUAGUCUGUUUGACUAAAAGCGCGAAUACGCGAUGAAAUAAUUGUUUAUGUGUUUGAUUACAACGAUAUUUAGUCCAGAAGCAGUCUGUUCUACUAGACGAAAGUUCAGUUGCUUUAAAGUGGUCAACUAUUCCUAUUAUGAGUGAAAUAAAAAAUAAUUACUAUAUAUUUGUAUGGUCACCACCAAAUCUUCAACAGGCAAUAGAAGCAGCAUUCGUUUAUAGAAACGGGAAUCACAAUUUACGAGCUAUUGAUCGAGACGUUUCGGUGCGUGCUAAACGCGCUCUUAUGACAUCGUCUUCAUCAUCUUUCGAUAUUGGUGAAAAUUUUGAUAUUGUUUAUGAUGCAUUUCUUGACACCGAAGGUUUUGAUACGGUACCUUCAGUUGAAAUGAUAAUAGAAGUUACUGGGACAGACAUAAAUUUUCAUUAA